AUGGAACACGUUACAUUGGCGAGGCAGUCGCGCCUGCAAGCACGACUGUCAGCCGUUACGAGCACGCCGACAGCAGCUUCCUCGCCGUCUCACUCCGCACUUGCCUUAUGCAAUGCAACGUCUACGCCCAUUCCUCGCACCACAAAAGACGCCGGCGAUGGUCCAAGCGACGAUCGUCAGAACCAGAACCACGGCGAGGACAGGCACACAGCCUCCACCCCAAGCGCCACGUCUCUGCCGUCGACGGCGGGGACGACGACAUCGCCUGACAUGGUCCGCCAACCUCGACGAGAGGCAUUAACCAUUAAAGACGACGAUGGCCGGUUGAGACGAAAGGGAGGCCCGGCGCCAGUGGCUGCUUCGACGACACAACGCGCAUUCUUGGUCCUGGGCCUCCCUCUGCGCAUCCCACACCGACAGAGCCGGAUUCUCCGCAUGGCCUUCUUCUCACUGGCGGCCGUCUGGGCCCUGUGGUCGCUGCUUUUGCUGUUGUCCGGCCGGCAACAAGCACUGGCUAUUCCAACACAAGGACACAGUGACGACCACCACAGUCACGGCCACGACAGCCACAAAUUCUACACGACUCGUCCGUGCAAGGCGGCCACGUUUGCCAGCGUCCUGCCCAGCUUCGCCGCUGUCGAGCGUGUCGACACAGUCGCGGCCAACGGCAACUACGGCGAGGGUGCAGCCGACCUGGGCUUUCCCAGCAACGCCACUCUGCUUCCGCCUCUCUGCGCCGUCACCGUUGCCGUGCACAACGGCUCGUCCAACUAUCGUCUCGCCCUCUUCUUGCCAACGGCCACCAACUGGAACGGCCGGCUGAUGACGAUUGGCAGCUACUCGUUUGCGGGCGGCAUCAACUGGCCCAACAUGGGCGAGGCGCCGCACUACGGGUUUGCGACGCUGGCGACCGACGGUGGACACAACUCGUCGCAGAGCGAUCUGGACUGGGCGCCGACGACACCGGCGAAGCUGGCCGACUGGGGCUACCGGGCCUUGCACGGGACGGUCGCCCUCGGCAAGAUUUUGGUCGAGACCUACUAUAGCGACACUCGCAUCGCGUACUCGUACUACAGUGGGUGCUCCACCGGCGGCCGACAGGGCCUCAAAGAAAUCCAAAUCAGCCCGGACAGCUUUGACGGCGCGCUUGUGGGCGCGCCGGCCUGGGGCACGUCACGGCUGAUGCCGUGGCUGACCCGUAUUGGCGCUGCAAACUUGCCCGACGACGGCGCCAACCACAUCGACCUGUCCGACUUUGCGGUGCUGGCGGCGGCCGCACUGAAGCAGUGCGACCACCUGGAUGGGCACAACGACUCCAUCAUCAGCCGGCCCGAGGCGUGA